AUGGACACGUUGUUGGCGCUGCUGGAGGCGCUGCUGAUAACGUACCCCGCCACGGGCGGCGGGCCGCGCCUCGUCUACCUGUCAUUCCGAUGGCACCUCGGUUUACCGGCUGGCGCCGAGGUGAUGUUCCGGCUGCCCGAGCGACUGUUCGCCUUCCUCGAGAGACCGGAUAUUUGCAACCAUGGCGAGGUGCAAAUUUUCUCGUAUGACGGACUGACCUAUUGCCACGAAACGCAUCAGUAUCGUUGGAGGCGGGUCCACUUUCUGGUGACGGUAGCCCAGAAUUACGGUAAUCGCAGAGGGCAACUGUAUGCGGAACAACGACAUCGAGCCGAGCCAAACUUCAACGAGUACACUUUGGAAUGGUCAAACUAC